CACACUUUCUCGUUUGUUUUCUUCACCAAUCUUCAAACCUGUACCGGACACGGCUCUAGUUCUCUUUUAAUGACAUACAUGCGUCUCUUUUUGUAGUUUCGCCGAGAGAUGAUCGCGGCAAUGGCGGUCGACCAGGCACCCGAAAGCAAAAACGAAGGCCCCGUUUCGUCCCGUGCAGAAACGAUGAAACACGACGCACCCAACCAGAGCCUGCGAGAAGAAGACCGCCUGGGCGACGACUCCCCGAUCGGGUUCGGCAAGUAUCGGGGGAAAACAUACCGCUUCGUGGCUCUGAACGAUCCCGUCUAUUGCUGGUGGGCAAGAGGCCAGGACGACGAUCCCUCGCCGGAAAUGGCGGCCUUCCACGCCUGGAUCGACUCGAGAAUGAUAGACUUGUUGUCGACAGCGCAUGCACUCCACGGCACCGAGCAGGUAAUCGGGCUCGACGAAAGCGAAGACGAAACGGAGGCCCACGAUUGCGGCGGUUUGGACUGCGAUAGCAGCACGGACGGUGGCCACAACGACGAGGACCGAUACGUCUCGGACGUGGAAGGCGAUCCCUGAACAACGCUCUCCAGUCUCGGUUGUGACUAAUUCUAAUUCUGACAGUCAACUUUAAAAGCUACAGGACAGCCACUCUCUCCACCAGUAAGCUAAACACAAUGCAACAGAACGCACACCGCCGACACAUUCCAUCGAAAAUAUCAUGUCUUUUUCCUCCAUUGCCGUCGCUAAAACGCAAGGUAUUCAACACAAGUGUGCGAUCUUUCCCAUCUUGGUGCUGGAUAGGUUUACCUUGUCGGGAGCUGCUGACGCCACAGCAGACCCCACUCUCACAAGCUAGAGGAAGAAACGAUGUAGGGAAGAUUUCGAUGGUAAUAUACAGUACAUUAUAAU